CCUCAUCUGUUCAAUCUGGUAGCGAUCUACGCCUCGCUCUCCGAAAACCCUAGCCUGCUUCUACCUCUGAUCUUUGACGAUGCCGCCGAAGUUCGAUCCAUCGCAGGUCGUCGACGUUUACGUCCGUGUUACUGGAGGUGAGGUCGGUGCGGCGAGUUCACUCGCUCCUAAGAUCGGACCGCUCGGUCUGUCUCCGAAGAAGAUCGGAGAAGACAUCGCCAAGGAAACUGCAAAGGACUGGAAGGGUCUCAGAGUCACUGUGAAGCUCACUGUUCAGAAUCGUCAGGCUAAGGUAUCCGUUGUCCCGUCCGCUGCUGCUCUGGUCAUCAAAGCUUUGAAGGAGCCGGAGCGUGACCGGAAGAAGGUGAAAAACAUUAAGCACAGUGGCAACAUUUCACUCGAUGACGUGAUUGAGAUCGCUAAGGUUAUGCGUCCGAGGUCGAUGGCUAAGGAGUUGCAAGGGACUGUCAAGGAGAUCCUUGGAACAUGUGUUUCUGUUGGUUGUACUGUCGACGGAAAAGAUCCGAAGGAUUUGCAGCAGGAAAUUGCUGAUGGAGAUGUCGAGAUUCCUCAGGACUAAUUGCAGAGUCUGUUCAGAUUCAAGUGAGGAAAUUUUCUGGUUUUAUGAUAUAGUUUUUUUUAUUUUCGUUUACUAUCCAUUUCAUGAGUUUUGCUUCCAUCAUGUUAUCAGUUCAUCGAGUGAAUUUUGAGACAUUAGCUAAAACUAUUGGUAUUUAGUUUUCUGAAUUUAUUUAAGAAGCUUCAAGCCUUAUUCCGAGC